GGUUACUAAGGUUUCCUGAUCAGACAGUCCUCAACAAUUCCAUGAAAAAUACUUGUCAAUGCGGCUUUACUUGGACAGUAAUCUUGUCAAAUUUGACAUAUUCGCUGAAUCUAAGGGGUUCAAGCUUACGCACUAUGUGGAAGGACUUUCCGAAUCCAUUUUCGACCGAAUCAAAGAUUGGGAAAAUCUACUUCCUAGCCGCCUUCAGGCCGAUGACAAAGGCCUGGCAAAGAAAUGCCGAGACUUCGUUGAACACACACACUUGAUAAGUAAGAAUGAUUGGGAUGGAUACCAUUGCUUCAUCGGCAUCCGAAAUAGCCAUGCUGUAUUGUAUUUUAUACCAAUAGAGUCGCGUGAAACUCCGUACAAUAUGACUGGUUGGCACAGAUUCAGUUCCUGUUACGAAGUCGAUAUUAUUCGCAUUCACUUGGCAUUCUCGACCGACGACACAAGCCGGUAUGCUGUUUAUGUCAAUCAGCUGACUAGACAGUUUGAAGAAGUCCCGUUGUUUCUUUGCUGUAACGUACUAACUAGCUUCAAAGCACUGCAGGUUUUAGCGUACAUAACGGCACUUCAGCUUGGAAAUUACCGCGAGUUGGAAUCGGACUGUUUGGAGUUUACGAAAGCGGCUAGCAGGUUAGCUUCACAGCAGUUUGCCACAGCGAGGGAGCAGGCCAAGUCCAAAGUGAAUCUCGAAAUACGGGUACAAGAUAAUCUAGACGAUCUUACCAUCACCAAUUUUAAAAGCGAAGCGCUCUCUCGCCGCAACCGUUCAGCAAGAUACCCAGUAUUGUCUUCUGUGAUGUUAAAGGAAUCGGCUUCAUGGAUUAAGAUGGUUUUUAUCUCUUUACUUGUUGUCAUAGCAUAUCAUUUCUUAUUCAGAGAAACGCGUACGUGACCGUUAUUUAGCUUUAUAACAAUCGAUUUUUUAGCAUAUGGUUAACAUGAUAACACGGGUUGAAACCUGAAAGUGUGUAUAUCUUGAUAACAAUUUGUUUUUAUCACUAAAUUUAGCAUA